AUGGUCUUGUACGACCCGCAGUACCACCAGAAGCGUGCGGCCGUCCUCGCGCAGAGAAAAUGGGACGAGGAAGACGCACUCAUGCGCAAGCCCACUCGGCAAGCGCCUUCGACUACCCACGACGCACGUCGUACAACGUUCGUGCCGCCGCCGCAAGCGCUACCCUCGGCACCGAUUCGAACGACACCAAUCCGCUCUGUAAAGGCGGGGCGCACUUGCUCCCCGGACGCGCCACUGUGCAAUGACUGGAAGCAAAACGCGGCAUACCGACUCAAGAAAGAGCGCAUCUCGCAUUAUGUGCCGGCGCGCAACAGUCCCACCAGCUCUGGUGGCGACGACGGCCGUGCGCUGAAGUCGGUGCAAUAUCUGACGGCGCAGAUUACGGCACUCGAAGCCAGCCUCCGUGCGUCGCGCGACGCGGCCGCCGCUGCCGCAUUGGCCCACGACCACGAGCUCCAGAUGAUGCAUGCAGCGCAUCAAGCCCAUAUCAAGCAAGUACAGGCAAGCUGUUCGGCAACGCGCGUUGCCGCCGAGGCCGCGCUGGGGAACUCGCAGUCGACGCGCCACCAGCUGGUGCACGACGUGCACUCUGCGUAUGCCAAGAACUCGCUGCAAUCUGACAAGGCAAAUGAUGCCCUCAAUCUCGCGCAACGCGACGCCAAGGUCCAGCAGCUGCAAAGCAACAGCAAGCUGUCGGGAAUGACCCUUGAAGACGUGGCUGCGCAGCACGAACAGCAGCUUGCAGCGCUCGCGGCCAAGCACAAGGCGGCGCAAGACGAUGCGAUGGCGCGGCAGGUGCGCGAGACGAAUGCGCUUCGGGCAAUGUUUCAAUCAGUUCUGGUCGCCCGUGAUGCGGCGGCCAAGGCAGCGCAGCAGCGCAAGCGUCGCGCAACGGAGAAGUUGCAUGCGCAAGCGGUGGCCGAUCUCGAGGCCGAUCUCGCUCAAGUCCACCGAGCUUCCGCCGACGUCGUUCGCCGACAUUGCCUCGAACACGAUCAAGCGGUGCGCGAGAUACACACUGCGCACGCGAUGGAGCUCGAGACCACAGCGCGCCAAGCUGCGCUUCAGGGCCAAGUACAAGGGAUCGAGUCGGUGGCGGCACAGCUGCUCCUGGCACAAGACGAGUGCAAGCGCAUGCGGCUUGCGCUGCACCGCACCGUCCUGAACCAAGCGGCGAAAGUCGCCGCGAUGUGGAUCUGCGUCCGUGAUGACCGUGACGAGAUGGAGUGCCGCCUCCGUGCUACAGAGGAGGCAUCGGCGCAGCGCGAAAUCAAGAUGGCGAAGCAACAUACUCUUGAGGUCCAGCGGUUGCAAACCGAGCUCGAUCGCGCCGACGCCGCGCACACCGCCGAUCUCGCUUUGCACGCCGAAGCCGUCGAGGCCAUGGACGACCUGUACCAGUCGACUGUCGCAGGCCACGAAGCGACGACAAGGUACCUCGAGUGGCAGCUCCAAACCGUCACUUUGAGCUUUUUGUGUCGAACUUGAGCCGUAACCUAUCGUAAUUAUCAAC